GAUUGCAUAAAAUAAUUAUAGAAGUAGACAUUUUUUCCAAAACGAGCAGAAAAAUGGCUUCAGGGGACGGGAACUGGAACUGGAAUUCGUUCAUGUACAAAUCAGACAGCGGAAGAUACCGCCAAAAUAAUUCCGUUAUACACUAUAAUCACUGGCUACCUGAGGAUCAAGAGGAUUUAUUGCCAGAAAACUUGGAAGACGAAAACCUGUCCGAGAUUUAUGAGGAAUUUGAUACUUUAGUACACGCAACAACUUUAGAAAAUGCCAAUGCGAUUUUGAGAGAUGGUUUUAAACCUAGACCAGUUGUCGACAACUCUGUUGUCAACAAUACGUACAGGUUGAUGGACUGUGCCGGAAGGGAAAUUAUUCCGAGGCCGCAACACCCUGUCCGAGAUGUCAACAUACUCUGGUACGGGCCAUGUACAUUUCAACGACUGCAAGACCCUACUUAUGUUAUGAAGAGGUAUGGCAAUGUUGUUUUCAGUAUGAACUCUCUGUAUGGAUACGAAGGAUUAAUACGCAAAGGUUUGAAUUUAUACUUUAUUGAAGUAAUAGAAUAUCUUACAAGUUCAGCCAGUAGGAUUUUGGUUUCGCAUCGAGAUUAUCCAGAAUUAAGGAAGUUUGAUCCGUACAAACUGGGAGGUCCACUGUAUAUAAAAGAGACACGUUCGGGGCACAGAUUUUACUAUACUUCUAGUCUCAAACGCCGUGACGGACAAAUAGUCAAAAAUGUCCUAGAAAUUAUGCAAGAAGAAUUCAACAAAUCAGGUUAUUUGAAGAUUGGUGAGCUGCGGUUGAAUAACCACUUCGUUAGUUUUUGCUACUGCAAGGAAGCUAAGAAAGAUGUCUCAGAAUUCGUUGUACCUUUAAGUCCUGGAGAGGAUGAAACACAGGAUGGGAUUAUGCCAUAUUUGAUUCCAAACAUAUUGAAACUCGCCAUCGUUCUAGCCACUAGCAGAAAUCCAACCAAAAUCCUGCUGCUUACACAGUUUGAUACUGAACAAAAAAGGGACCAAAAACUUAGAGAGGAGCUGGAAAGAGUACACCAAGAGGCAGACAGAAAAUAUAAAGAGUUUGGAAAGGAGGGGUUAAAUACAGCGUCUCUCAUUGAUAUGGCAGUCCAAGGCAUCAUGUACAUGAGUAAACGAGACAUUGUACACUCGUAUUUGAACAUGCUUUUGCUCAUUCCAGAGUCGCAGCACUCAGAGAUAACGGAAUCGUUAUGGAAAAAGAUAUCAAACAUAUUAAUGCAUCCAAUAACAGAGUAA